AGCACAGCCGCUGCCGGCUUGGCUUGAAAGUGUCGAGGAAAAGGUCAAACACUGACAGUUGAAAUAUCCCAAGCGGGAGCUAGGCUUUUAUGCCCUUAUCGGAGGAUGAUCUGCCGAUAAGCAAUUAUCCGUUAUCAGAACUCAAACUCUAGGCUUGACCCAGGAUCGUGAAGUUUAGCACAGAGGAUCAACAAUGAGACCAGGACACAGCCUUAGCACUCUGAAAAGUAUGCUAUCGCCAACCACAAAGAUAUUUCUCCCACCAUAAGCGCAUUCCCUGAAACGAGAGCGACGACGACGACGACGCGAAACCGAGCGAGACUUGCCCCCAGGCGCAUUCGAUCCGGUCCGGCAUAGGGCGAAACCGAGCUCUCCGCAGCACCGAAACAUUCACGAGAUACACAAUGUCUGGCACAAUAACUGGCAAAGUAGCAGCCGGCGCAACGGCCGCCGUGGCUUCGGCAGUCGAAAAUGUUGCAAGAACCGCAACCACCCUCACAGCCGGCGGCGGCUUCGCACCGCGCGAAGUCUACGAAUCCUCGACGCAAAUCACCCGCUCCUACUACCUCGGCCACCACGCCUCCGCCCUCAAUAAAAUGCGCCAGACCAUCUCGAACGUCGGCCUGAUCAUCGAAUGCCGCGACUUCCGCGUGCCCAUCUGCUCGUGGAACCCGCUCCUCGAGCGCAGUCUCGCGGCCUCCGCCGCCGGUGAGCGCUCCCGCAUCAUCGUCUACACCAAGCACGACCUCGGUCCGCCCUCGGGCAACUUCACCAAAGAGACCUCCAUUGAAGGCUACACCAACGGCCGCUACCAAAGCGGCAAGGACAUCGUCAAGACCCUCAAGAAGUUCCACAAAAACUCCUACACCACCAAGGACGUCAUGUUCCUCGGCACCUCCGCGGGCGCCCGAAGCCGCAACGACGCGCCCAACAACGACAAACACCUCCUCGAGUCCAUCAAGCGCAUCGCGCGCGAAGCCGACUCCCUGACGGGUAUGCGCACCAUGGUGGUCGGCAUGCCCAACAGCGGCAAGUCCACCCUGCUCAACCGGCUGCGCGCCAAGGGAAUGGGUCUCCCUAAGGCCGCGCAAACCGGCGCCACACCGGGCGUCACCCGCAAGAUCGGCACACCGGUGCGCAUCAUAGCCGGCGAAUCCGCCGACGACCCGAGCAGCGCCGGUCUAGGCGAGGGAGUCUUCAUCAUGGACACCCCCGGAGUGUUCAUCCCGUACGUCUCGGACCCGGAGGACAUGCUGCGCCUUGCUCUAGUAGGGUGCGUCAAAGACGGCGUGAUCCCCUCCGUCACGGUGGCCGAUUACCUGCUUUACCAUUUGAAUCUGGUCGACCCGAAGCUGUACACGCGCAAGUUCGACUUGGGCAAGCCGACCAACGACGUGCACGAGUUCCUGCGGGCGGUGGCGACGCGCACGGGUAAACUGAGAAAAGGGUCGGAGCUGAACCUGGAGAACGCGGCCGACUGGGUGGUGCAGGCGUGGCGGCGCGGAGACCUGGGCCGGUUCGCGCUGGAGAGGGUCACGGAGGAGACGCUCGCGCAGGCGGUGGAGAAGUCCAGGGAGCCGACGGUGAGUAUCAGCCAGGCGAGGAAGAGGGAGAAGGAGCAGAGGAAGGUUGCGCAGCAGAUGAAGUGGGCGGGUGUGACGGCGCCGCCGGGUGGGAGUGUUGUGUAGGUGCAAUUUUGAGCCUGAAAGAAAUGUCGGGGGUCCGGUUGGGGAUGAGUAUGACUCCGCUGAGGAAUGCAAUUUGAAAGAGUACCUCUACACUCCUCUCUGCUAGAUAGAAGGAAAAGAAAGACAAAAACAUUUGAUACCCGCCUCCGUAGAGAUUAGGAUGGCUUCAUAUAAGAAUAAAUAAAUUUUGGAUAAUCACUCUUCAAAUCGACAUUUGUCUUUGUGCCCUGCACUCAUAUCUCU